AUGAGUCUAACACAGGAACAAUUGGUUCAGUUAAAAAGCUCUGUUAUAGAACGGGACAGUCAAUUCGAUGCUUUGAACGCUUAUAUUAACAAAGAUGCCGCUUUGUCAUCAUCAUGCAUUCUUGUCAAUAGUUUUAAGCCAGUUGGCAAAACGCUAGUUGUUAAGGCAUUUCUCAAGAUGAUGGGACUCCGACAUUCGAUAAUACAAUGUGAUGAAUGUGUUUCCAAGCAGAUGCUACUACAAAGGUGCUACAAUAGUUUAUUACACGAUAGUGGUAUUCCAACUACAAACAAGAAUCAUUAUGUACCUUCGACAUCAGAGAACUUUGCUUCGCUUUUAUCGGCAUUAGAAGACUUUAUAGUCAAGAAUGAUUAUCGAGAGCAUCAUGUUCUAGUAUUGGACCGAUUUGACCAAGUUUUUGAGAAUUGCGAGUCGAUGAUUAGUGCUUUGAGUAGAUUUAAAGAGUGUUCCAAAGUACAGAAUUUGACUGUGGUUGUUAUAUUCAACGGCGCUGUUCCUCGAGAUGUUGUUACUUACACUAAUCCAAAUGUCUAUUUUCCCGUUUAUAACGAAACCCAGCUUGUUCGAAUAUUGCAGCAGGAAAAAUUGUGCAAGUUUACUUUCCACGUGGACGAAAGCGAGGCUAGGAAAGAAGAGUUUUACAAGCAGUAUGCUAAAGUUGUUGUUGACUCGUUUUUUGACUAUACUGGAUCUGAUGUGACUUUAUUGAAGUCAUUGGUGGUUAAAUUGUGGGACGGUUUUGUUGACCCUAUACGACUAGGAAAUUACAAAAUGACAGAUUUCGUUAAGCUUUAUAAGGAAAAUAUUGAAAUGUUUUCUGCUCGUGAUGACCUAGUUUGUAGUUCGAACGUUAUCGAGUACAGAACACUACAAAAUGAAGACAAUGUAGGAUUUGCCAAUGUGCAAGAUUUACCACUUCAUUCGAAAUUUAUUUUGCUCGCAUCAUACUUGGCAUCUCAUGGAAACCAAAGGAAUGACUUGCACAAAUAUGCAAAAGUGAAAGUAUUCAAGUAUAAGAAACGAGCGUCAAACAAGGCCGGGAAACAGGGACAUUUAAGCAAGAGUGAUAUAGAUAAUCGGCUAUUAACUGCAAAUUAUGUUGAUUUGGAACGGAUCUUGGCUAUAUUAUCAGUCAUAUAUCAGCACCUGGCCCCACUGUUGAAUCAGUCAGAUAAAAAUGAUUUGCUUUAUUUGGAUGACAAGGUUGUUGAAAAUGAAUUGAAAAAGGACCAGGAGAAACUGAAGUUUACGUUAACGAGAAACAUUGACUUGAACAAUCAGAUAGCCACUUUGUUUUCAUUGGGGUUUUUAGGCAAGACUGCUACAUCAGAUAUAUUAGCUGCUAGAAUACGAUGGAAGUGUAAUCUUGAUUGGCCUACUGUUGAAGCAAUUGCGAAAUCUGUCAAUUUCCCAAUUACCGACUUUCUAGCGGAUGCCUAA